AUGGCGGCGCCGCGUGUCCUUCUCUCCUUGGUCGCGAUGGCUGCCGUCACGGCGGCGGCGGCGGGCGUGGACGCGCUCGGGGUGAACUGGGGCACUAUGUCCACGCGCCGGCUCCCGCCCAAGGUGAUGGCGCGCCUGCUCACGGACAACGGCUUCCGGAAGGUGAAGAUCUUCGACGCUGACGAGCGCACCAUGAAGGGCCUCGCCGGUGGCCGCCGCGGUCACCACGGUGGCGGCCGUACUGCUGGUGCCUCUGUUUCUUGUGUUGCUUUAAGCUGA